GCUAGGUGGGCCAAGUAAGAUGAAGCAAUAUGGGAAGAAGCGAGAUUGGACACUUCGUGGCGCAUGGAAGAGAUGAAUCUUGGACGAGGGAUAUCCAGUAUGGCUGUGGAAUCAACUCCCAGCCAUACAUACGUGAGGUUGAAUCACAGAAUAGGCUAGCCGCCCGAGGCGCAUACAUGAGGAUCUGCAGGGAAAGCGAGGAGGAAUGAGACCUUGGCUGGCCUGCAAUGCACCCCAGUCAUGCUAUCUCACGGUAUGCGGAAACAGCAUUGAUGCCGGGCAUGCACGACUUGGACCAGAGGCCGAUCCAUGCCAACUGCUUAGGGAGCCCGACGCUGUUGAGCUACGAUGACAGCUAUUGGGACAUAGGAGGUCAGGAACGAGAAGGGAUGUCCUUGCAUCUCGCAUUCCACAAGGGGAAGCAGGUCGAGUGUGAGCUCGAGGCCUCCACCGAAAUCUAUAUAAGGGUGUUCGAAGUCGCCCGGAAAUCGAUUCUCUUCAUCAGCAUCAAUCACAUUCGUUGA